UUGUCUUCCAGAAUUUAGAGCUGCGUCACACUCAAAGCGAAAGUGAAAGAAACAACGAGCGGAGGCUACUUAUCAUCAGCGCGUUUACGGAAUGCAUUAGUCGAUCAUGAGUGCUGGAGGGAAUGAUGAUGGCUCAAAAGAAGACCUACACUCUGAGCGAACCAAAAAGGAGAGAUCAGACUCACCAACAUCAUCUCAACAGUCUCUGAUGAGUGACAGAUCAAUUCCUGUUCCACUGAACUUCAGUGAUGAAGCACAGAAAAAUACAGAAAGAACUAAACAGGAGAGAACAGACUCACUGAUAUCAACAGAUCUGUCUUUGAGGAGUGACAGAUCAAUUCCUGUUCCACUGAACUUCAGUGAUGAAGCACAGAAAAAUACAGAAAGUAAUUUGUCUGUGGAAGAAUCACUACAGCAUGCGGAGUCCACACCUGCUAAAGGAGUUUGUCAGCGGCACCACAGAGAUCUGGACGUGUUCUGCAAGACAGAUAACAUGUACAUCUGUAAGAUCUGUGUGGAGCAAGAGCACCAAGGACACAGUAAAAGCUACGCUGUGAAACCUGAUGUGCCAGAUAGCCAAUCCCUGCUUCUUUAUGUUAUGAAGAAAAUGGAGACCGAAAACUUCAAAGCCUUUAAAAGAGAACUAUCAGAGGAUUACCCAGAAUGCUUAGGGAGUGAGUCGGAUGAACUCAGUGUCUCUGACGCUCCUCAGAAAAUAGUGGAGAGCUUUGGAGAAGAGGGAGCUUGGAGAAUCACCUUUCACUUCCUGGCAAAUGCUAAUCCUCUCCAAAAACACACAGAAGCCAAUAAAGCAACACUUAAGAACAAAUGUCAGCUUAUAAAUGAAGGAAAUUCAUUUCAAGGUAAACAGAGUUCAUUGAAGGAGAUCUACACAGAUCUGUGCAUGACAGACGGUGCACGUGGAGAGAUAAACAAUGAGCAUGAGGUGUUGAGGAUUGAAAUGAUUUCACAAAGUGGAACCACUCCAGAAAAUCAACUCACAUGUAAUGACAUCUUCAAGACACCGCCAGGACAAAGCAAAGAAAUCAGAACAGUCCUGACGAUGGGUAUAGUUGGCAUUGGGAAGACUGUGUCUGUGCAUAAGUUCAUUCUUGACUGGACAGAUGGAAAAGCAAACCAAGAUAUCAACGUCAUCAUCCAUCUACCCUUUCAUGACCUCAACCAGAAAAGGGGGAGCUGCAGUCUUCUACAGCUGAUUCAUCAAUAUGCCUCUGAGCUGAAAGAAGCAAAACUUCAUGAAAUAAAAGUGCUUUUUAUUUUAGAUGGAUUAGAGGUCUGUCAGCAUCCUCUUGAUUUCCAUAACAAUGACCACUGCUCUGAUAUAAAUGAGAACGUUCCUGUGGAUGUGCUGCUCACAAACCUCAUCAAGGGGAAUCUGCUUCCCUCUGCUCUCCUCUGGAUAACCACACGGCCAUCAACAGCCAGUCGGAUCCUUCCUGAGUGUGUCCAUCGAGUCACAGAGAUUCGAGGAUUCAAUGACCAGCAAAAAGAAACAUACUUCAGGAGGAAAAUCAGUGAUCAGAACUUAGCAAAUGAAAUAAUCACACACAUCAAAUCCUGUCGGAGCCUCUUCAUCAUGUGCCACAUGCCCAUCUUCUGCUGGAUUUCUGCCACUGUGCUAGAAAAUAUGAUGAGCAAUGGAAAUUCUGGUGAAAUACCCAAAACUCUGACUGAGAUGUAUACUCACUUCCUGCUCAUUCAGAUCAGCUGGAAGCACAAGAAGUUCAAUGGAGCUGAUGCUGAUAACCCAAAAAAGCUCUCUGACUUUGACAAAACAUUGAUUGUGAAACUGGGAGAACUUGCUUUCCAGCAACUGGAGAAGGGCGAGAUGAUUUUCCAAGAAGAUGAUCUGAUAAAGUGUGAAAUUGAUGUGAGCAAAUUCUCAGAGUACUCCGUGUUUACAGAAAUGUUCAGAGAAGAGCAUGGACUGUACAGGGAGAAGGUCUACAGCUUUGUGCAUCUGAGCUACCAGGAGUAUCUGGCAGCGAUAUACGCUCACUUUGCAUGUGUUAAUGAUGGGGAAAAUGUUCUUGACAAAAAUAGAUCAAACGAUCUUUCUGAAGUACAUAAGAGUGCACUGAAUAAAGCUUUGGAGAGUGAAAAUGGACAUCUUGACCUCUUCCUUCGCUUCCUUUUUGGUCUUUCUGUUGAUCCUAACUGCACUCUCCUGCAAGACCUUUUCACCAAAGGCAGUUCAAUUAAACCCUGUGUAGACAAGAAAAAAAUGACAGUGCCUUUAAUCCAAGAGACAAUCAAUCAGGAAGAAUCACCAGAGAGGAUCAUCAAUCUGUUCCACUGUUUAACUGAGCUAAAUGACAACACUCUGGUUAAAGAAGUCCAGACGGCUAUGAAAUCAGGAACACUCUUGGGUACCGAGCUGGAGCCCGAGCAGUGGUCAGCACUAGCUUAUGUCUUGCUCAAAUCUGGGCAUGAAUUAGAUGAGUUUGACAUGAAGAAGUUCCACACAACAUCAGAAAACCAGCUCAGACUGCUGCCGGUGCUAUGGAUCUGCAAAAAAGUCAGAUUGAACUGUUGUUAUCUCUCAUCUGAGUCCUGUGGAAUAGUGGCCUCAGCUUUGUCAGUGAACUCACCCUUGAGAGAGCUGGAUCUGAGCAACAAUAAACUAGAAAAGUCUGGAAUGAACAUCAUCUUGACUGCUAUAGCAGAUCCAUAUUGUCAAUUGCAAAUACUCAGUUUUGCUGGCUGUAAUUUCCCAUCAACAACCUUUCCAAAUUUGGGCUUAGCUCUCAAAUCAAACUCGUGCCUGAGAGAACUUGAUCUGAGUUACAAAAAGAUAAGUGCUUAUGGAGUGAAUAAGCUCUGUGAUGGAUUAAUUAGUCCACCGUGUAAACUUCAGAAACUCAAGUUAAAGAGGUGUGGCCUCACAAAGACAAGCUGUGUACAUUUAGCAUCAGUUCUAAAAUUGAACUCACAUUUGAGGGAGCUGGAGCUGAAAGGCAAUGAUCUGCGGGAUUCAGGAGUGGAGCAGCUCUCCAUGGGACUACGGGAUCCACAGUGUACAUUAGAGAAACUUGGACUGUCAGGGUGUAUGAUCACAGAAGAGGGCUGCAGUUCACUGGCCUUAGCUCUCAGCUUAAACACUCAUCUGAGAGAACUGGAUCUGAGCUACAACAACCCUGGAGAUUCAGGAAAGAAGCUUCUCUCAGCUAAAAAAGAGGAUCCAAACUGUAAACUGGAGAAACUACAUGUUGACAAAGGAGGAGAAUGUCGGAUGAAACUAAGUCUGAGAAAAUAUGUCUGUCAGCUAACAGUGGAUCAGAGCACUAUACAUUCACGUCUGAAACUGUCCAAUGGAAAAAAGAAAAUAUCGGAAACUACAGAGGAGCAGAAAUAUCCUGAUCAUCCGGACAGAUUCAAGCUGUAUCCCCAGGCCAUGUGCAGAGAGGCUUUGACUGAUCGCUGUUACUUUGAGGUGGAGUGUGAAGGUGGAGUUGGAGUGGGAGUGGCCUAUAAGACUUCAGAUAGAACAGAGUGUAUAAUGGGAGUAAAAAAUCCAUUCCCUACUCUGCUCUAUCUGCAUGGGAAACUGAAACUGUGGGAGAAUAAUGAGGUAACUCGUGAGUUCCCCGUGUUUGAUCAGUCUAAAAGAAUAGGAGUUUAUGUGGACUUUGAAAAUGGAAGUCUGUCAUAUUACAGCGUUCUUGACAGAUUCACUCACCUGCACACGCACCGAACAACAUUCAAGGACUGCUUAUAUACAGGGUUUACCUUUCUGACUGACUCAUCAGUGACUCUUUGUGAGAUAACAUAGACCCUGAGAGAGUGGAUAUUUCAAGUGAAAGACACUUUGUUAACCAGUGUGUAUAUAUUAUCACUAUCACUAAGUGGCCAAGUGACUUACUUAUUGUUUCUUGUUAGAAAAAAGAAACAACAUUUUCCAAUUU